AUGCUAUUCUCAAUACCCAUUCUCGAUAGGCUGACAUUUAGAGACUACCAAGGUCUAAUUCUAACAGUGUUCUUUUUCGGAUUUGAAAAUGUCAUUCGAGUGAUUGUAACAUUUUUGCCAAAGUUUGUCAUUAACCUCAUCGAUGCAUUCAUUGAUAGUACAUUCCCUUGGCUAUCUAAACUUGAUUCUGACCCACACGUGAGUCCACUUGAAAAGGCAGAGUCGUUUGAGAAGAUGAUGUUGAUAUGGAAGAAUUAUAUGUGUGAACAACAUCUAGUACGCACUCAAGACGACUACCUUCUCUGUGUCCAUCGAAUCCCAGCUGUAGUUCAAUCUGCCGAUAAGUUUAAAGACAAAGACGUUUUUAGAUCAUUUUGCGAUGAGAAUAGUAAAGGCAUCGAGAUUAUCGACCACAUUAACGAGUUUAAGCAACAAAAGACCAACUCGAACUUUUCGGGAAAACCAGUUGUACUGUUGUAUCAUGGAUUCUUGAUGUCUUCGGAAGUCUGGGUCUGCAAUGUGGAUGAGUAUCGAAAUUUACCUCUGUUGCUUGCCCAACAAGGAUAUGAUGUCUGGCUGGGUAAUGCACGCGGUAAUAAGUACAGCCAAAAUCAUCUCAAAUUGAAUCCAAGACACCAGCAAUUCUGGGAGUUUUCUAUCAAUGAAUUUGCAAUGAUCGAUCUUCCUGAUGUAGUGGAUUAUAUCCUCAAGAUUACCGGUGCUCCAAAUCUUACCUAUAUUGGAUUUUCCCAAGGCACUGCACAGGCUUUUGCUGGAUUAUCUGUAAAUCCAAAGCUAAAUCAAAAAAUUAACUUGUUCAUCGCUCUUGCCCCUGCUACUGCCCCAAAAGGACUCCGACACCCCUUGAUAGAUACAUUUGUUAAAGCAACUCCUUCUGUUAUAUACCUUCUAUUUGGACGCAAGACACCUCUUAAGCUGGCUUUAUUCUGGCAAAGAAUUAUUAGUCCACCUAUGUUUGUCAAACUGAUUGACGGAAGUGUUGGGUUUUUGUUCGGAUGGACAGGCAAGAACAUGACGGCUGAUCAAAAACUAGUUAGCUACCAGCAUCUUUACAGUCUAACUAGCGUAAAAUCCUUGGUGCACUGGUUCCAAAUCAUCAGAGUUGGACGCUUUCAAAUGUAUGAUGAGAUGCCUAGUCGUCUGCCUUAUCAUACUGUUAACGCAGUUAUGGACCAUGUCCCUCCAAAGUUCCCAACCAACCAAAUCACAACUCCCAUUGCUAUCUUCUACGGUCGGUCCGAUUCUCUGGUUGAUUUUAAUGUUCUGGCCGCAGAUCUACCAAGUCCUUUGGUCUAUGUCAAAUCUAUCAAAUCGUGGGAACAUUUGGACUUUUUGUGGGCUGAAGAUAUUGAAACAAUUGUAUACCCAGAUAUCCUUCGCCUCAUUGACUACUUUAAUCCUUUUCCACAAAACACUGAACGUAAGAAAUUAGAUACAGUAGUACCUCUGCCUAUUAAGGCUAUGAAAUAA